GUGCUCUCUAUAGUGCGGCGGAUACGCUCUGGCAGGACCGGAAGUCGCCUCUUUUUCUCCCUUGCCUCACUGAGCCGGUGCUAAGAUGGCGACUACCGCUGAGUACGACGUGAUGAUGGUCCCGGAGGAAGCGGAGAGGAGCGAAGAAGAGCGGGAGAGGGAGGCGGAGUCCUGCAAAGAGAAGGGGAACCUGUUCUACGCCAAGAAAGACUACAACUCGGCCUAUAACUAUUACACAAAAGCUAUAGAUUGGUCUCGCAAAAAUGCCAGUUACUAUGGAAACAGAGCCGCCACCUUGAUCAUGCUGAAUAAAUACAGGGAGGCCCUGGAAGAUGCACAACAGUCUGUGAGAUUGGACGACACCUUUGUGAAGGGUCACCAGCGUGAGGGCAAGUGUCACCUGUCCCUCGGAAACGCCAUGGCGGCUACUCGCUGCUUCCAGAAAGUCGUAGAACUGGAACCAAAGAACGAGCAAGUGGGACAAGAGCUGAAGAACGCGGCCGCUGUGUUGGACUAUGAGAGAAUUGCCGAGACCGACUUUGAGAAACGGGAUUUCCGCAAGGUUGUGUUCUGCAUGGAUCGAUCAUUAGAGUUGGCCCCCGCUUGUCAUCGCUUCAAAAUCCUCAAGGCAGAAUGUCUGGCGCUUCUCGGCCGAUACCCAGAUGCUCAGUCUGUGGCCAGUGAUAUCCUGAGGAUGGAUUCCACGAAUGCCGACGCUCUUUAUGUCCGGGGUCUGUGCCUUUACUAUGAAGACUGUAUUGAGAAAGCCGUGCAGUUCUUUGUGCAGGCCUUGAAAAUGGCCCCCGACCAUCAGAAAGCUCGUGUGGCCUGUAGGAAUGCCAAAGCUCUGAAGGCUAAGAAGGAUGAAGGCAACCAAGCUUUUAAAGAUGGCAAUUAUGAUCUGGCUCACAGACUUUACUCGGAGGCACUCGGCAUAGACCCCAAUAACAUCAAAACAAACGCAAAACUCUACUGUAACCGCGGCACUGUCAAUGCAAAGCUGAAGAAAUUAAACGAGGCAAUAGAGGACUGCACAAAUGCAAUAAAACUGGACGACACUUACAUUAAGGCGUAUUUACGUAGAGCACAAUGCUACACAGACACGGAACUGUAUGAAGAAGCAGUGAGAGAUUAUGAGAAGGUUUAUCAGACCGAAAGCACAAAAGAACACAAGCAGCUGCUAAAGAAUUCACAGCUGGAACUGAAGAAGAGCAAGAGGAAAGAUUACUACAAGAUACUGGGAGUGAAUAAGAAUGCGUCGGAGGAUGAAAUAAAGAAAGCCUAUAGGAAACGAGCACUGAUGCACCAUCCAGACCGACACAGCGCCGCUACAGCGGAAGUUCAGAAAGAAGAAGAGAAGAAAUUUAAAGAGGUGGGCGAGGCGUUCACAAUCCUGUCUGAUUCCAAAAAGAAAGCUCGCUAUGACAGUGGGCAGGACCUGGAAGAAGAUGGAUCAAAUAUGGGAGAUUUUGAUGCCAACAACAUAUUCAAGGCUUUCUUCAGUGGCCCCGGAGGGUACAGCUUCGAAGCCUCUGGCCCAGGAAAUUUCUUCUUCCAGUUUGGGUAACCUCCCCAUUCAUAUUGUUCAUCCCACCCCAAGCCCCUCCCAUUGCCCGGCACCCUCUUGUUCAAGUGUUUUAACCUGGAAUAUGGACUUUAUUUAAUCAGACUCUUCACCGCAUCGUCCUGUCUCUCUGUUUAUUAGAGAAGCAGAUUUUUCUGGGUUUUUUUUUUUGUUUUUGCCAUUGUUAAGAAAUGUCCAUGUGGGUUUAUAACCUCUUGUGUGAAGGCAAUUGGAACGUGUCGUGACCCAAAGCUAAAGUUUCAGUCCAUUGUAAAGAUUGUGCCAAUUUCUUGUGCAUCCUGAGUGGCCGCUGGCAGUUUGGGAUGUGAGUGGCGCUUCUAUGGUUCAUGUAGUUGCACUGGAAUUUUCAGUGGGAUUUAUUGGGGUUCCUAAGUGUCCGCUCACCCACAGAGCUGCACCCGCCGCUUCACUUCUCCAAUUGGAAACUGGACGAUGCAUCAUGUGACCUGUACAGAGCAUCUGUAACUGUUCUAGUGGGAAGGGCCGAGCCCAUUCAUGCCCAUAUGUGGAACUGCUUUAAAAUGUGCAAAUCCAGAUCAUUUAUUUUUUUCUCGUUUGCCUGAUCUUUGGUCAUACUGCUCUUUAUUGGUGGGCAGAACCCACGCACCAACAGCUCUUGCAUGCGCCAGUGGCAGCAAAGAGACGGGACGUUCAUGAACUAAACGUGUUCUCAUGUUUUUAAUCCCCUCGCUCAUGUCCCACUCUGUAUUCAAAGCCACACUCAAUGAUAUGCCGCCAAUCUGGGCCUGUAAAAUGUUAUAUUAAUCUCUGAACAUCCUCGCAAAACGUGAAGGAUUUGAAUAAAACUGUUUAAACCUG